GUGACUCAAACAGGAAGUGACGUUUCGGUUGUUGGCUGGCAACGUAAAAUAGGUUUGUCCUCUACCUCCCAGCAGCUUCCUGUACAAACCACUGGGCUUUUUUAUUUUUUAAAGUUUUCUUUUUUAUCUUCAUAUUUUGUUUUAUACUUGAGUGGAACAAUGGCUGGCACUUUGGCCCGUAAAGCUGUUGAUCAUCUCCGCAGUAAGGAGUUCAGAGAUUAUCUGAUGAGGUAACACUUUUGGGGUCCAGUGGCAAACUGGGGGCUGCCGAUUGCUGCCAUCACCGACAUGAAAAAAAGUCCUGAAAUCAUCAGUGGCCGAAUGACAUUUGCUCUGACCUGCUACUCGCUGCUGUUCAUGAGAUUUGCCUACAAGGUACAACCAAGGAACUGGCUCCUCUUCGCCUGCCAUUUCACCAACGAGGCCGCACAACUCAUCCAGGGAGGGCGACUCAUUAAGUUCAACAUGGAGAAAAAAAUGGCGAAAUGAUGAGAAGCCAUGAAACGCAGGGGUUUUCUGUCCAUAACAUGCAGCUCCGAGCUUUCAGAAAUGGUUCAAAGACAGAAAACACAACUUUUUAUCUGAUUAACGAUAGAAAUAUAAUUGACCGCCCAUACUAAGUGAAUUAUUUAAUGAUCCGGUUGUCUUCUGUGCAGGCUUUCAGAAUAGAUUGGAAUAAAGUGUGGAUGAUAAUAAUACUUGAUCUUUCAGAGGACUGUUACGCACAUUUUUUUUUUUUUUAAUAUAUAGUACACAAGAAGUGACUGAUUUCUGGAAUUGUCCUUUAAGGUAAAUUAUUCCUGAACAUGGCUGAGUAUAUCAAUUUUCACCUCUGAUCAAAAGUUAUAAAAGUUAAUAAAGUAAAUCAAAGUUGAUUUGUUGCAUUUCCUGCUUAUUUGUCCUGACUGCAAACUUCCGUGAUUGUAUUAUUCAGUACGCAGUUCAUAUUCAGUAUCGGGUUAAAAAAAAAAAGGCAACGAUAUAACUACAGAGACUCCUUUGUGAAUGUAGACUGUAUCUUAAAUGAACUGGAGAGAUUAUGGAACUGUAAUCCACCAGGAAAUCUCAGAACGUGAGCUGGAAUUCUUGUCAGAUUUUGCUUUGCGACAGGCCACCUACUGAAAAGUAACUCCACGUAAGAGUGCUUUCAGGUUCUGAUUUUAACCCCCAAAUAAAGGGGGCUCCUUUGUGUGUGGAGUCAGAUAAUUUGGCUGUACAAUGAGUGGACAUGUUCUUAGUGAUUUACCAAGAAUACACAAAACCCUCAAUUUGAGCUUAAAAAAAAAAUCAACUUUAUCACAUGUGUGAUUAGUUAUGCAUUAAGUAGGUUAAAGAUGUAUCUGUAGAUGCACAGAACGCUGUUCAUACUCCACUGUGAAUGCUAAAUAAAUCAGUCUAGACACA